AUGAUCAACCACGACCAUUUAUAGGAUCCUUUCGAUUUCAUGAUAGACCACUUCCUGCAACCAACAAAGUAGUGGCACGAAUCUUUCAAUGAAGCAGACUUAUUUUAAAAUUUGAAUGAGCAAUAUGAAGAAACUUUCAUGUACGAAUUAACUCCUAUCUAGUAAUGCGACUUAUUCCAUAAUAUUCCUGUCGAUCUACAUUUUUCUGCAACAGAAAUGAAUAUUCAGCCAUAUGUUUUUGAUAAAUCUCAUUUAAAGUAAGAAGUAGAGGAUCAUUAAAAUGCCAAAAUAAUAUUUAAUGCUAAAGAUCUCAAGGUUACAAUAAAAAUAGGAGGAGAAAAGGACGAGCCAACAAUUGAUAAUAGAAUUGAUAUUCACCUAUCAUAAGCUAAUAAUUAGAAAUCUCUUUCUCUUAAUAAGCCAAUUUUGGAAUCGGAAAAUUUGGGAAUACAACAAAUAAACAAGAAAUUUUGUUAUUCAUUCCAACUUUAAACUUCAAUAAGAAUAUUGAAGAAUGAAAGACUUCAGAACAUGAUAAAUAUUUAACGGAAAGAUGUGGUACUCAAGACUAUCAUUAGAGAACUUCAAGAAAUUGAGCUAUUUGGUAAACUUAAACUCAUUCAAAUUCCUUGUGCACCACUUUUUGAUCAACCACAAAGAAUAAUCAUUUAGAGAUAACAAAUGUAUGUCAGAAAGUAAAUCAGAUUACAUAGAGGGAUUUGA